AACACAUACAUGAUACACAUCAGCUAUACCAAAAUGCAUUAUUCUUCUCUUUCUCACUUUCACUAGUUAAGCUAGAAAAAUAUGAAAUUUUUCUUAAAAGUGUCAAAAAUACGAAAUUUCAUUUAGUUAUAGGUUUUGAUUAGUGUGUGUGUGUUAGUUUGUAGUAAGAAUUAAUUAAUGGCGGAUGGAAGUGACAUAUACAGGGCAGUUCAUAGCAUAAGAUUAGGGAGUCUAAGACAAGGUAGCACUACAAGAGCACCAAGUUUAAGAUCCGGAAGUAGCUCCGUAUGGCGCAAUUCGGGUGCCGAAAUGUUUUCAAAGUCUCUUCAUGAAGAAGAUGACGAAGAGGCACUUAAAUGGGCUUCUCUCGAGAAGCUGCCAACUUUCGAUCGUUUGAGAAAAGGUUUGCUUUUUGGGUCAACUGGGCCGUCAAGUGAAGUUGAUGUUGACAAUCUUGGCCCAGAUGAUAGAAGGCAUUUACUUGAUAGACUUGUGAAAGUCGCUGAUGAAGAUAACGAAAGGUUCUUGUUGAAGCUCAGGGAUCGAAUUGAUAGGGUUGGAAUUGAUAUGCCAACAAUCGAAGUCAAGUUCGAGCAUCUAACUGUGGAGGCAGAUAUCAAUACAGGAAGUCGGGCGUUACCUAGUUUUAUUAACUUUCACCUCGAGUUCUUAGAGUGGGUACUAAGCUUAACUAAUCUGCUUCCGAAUAAGAAAAAACAUAUUACUAUCCUUGAUGAUGCUAGUGGUGUCAUCAAGCCUAGCAGAAUGACAUUACUUUUGGGUCCUCCAAGUUCGGGAAAGACAACACUUUUGAUGGCCUUGGCUGGCACACUUGCAAAAGAGCUUAAGAGUUCGGGUAAAGUAACAUAUAAUGGGCAUGAGUUACAUGAGUUUGUACCUGAAAGAACUGCUGCUUAUAUCAGCCAGAAUGAUCUCCAUAUUGGAGAAAUGACUGUAAGAGAAACAUUGGCUUUCUCUGCAAGAUGUCAAGGCGUUGGAUCACGUUACGAUAUGCUGGUAGAACUAGCUAGAAGAGAAAAAGAAGCAAAUAUUAAGCCUGAUCCUGACAUUGAUAUUUUCAUGAAGGCUGCUUCAACCAAAGGUCAAGAAGCUAGCGUAGUCACAGAUUAUACUCUCAAGCUAUUGGGGUUAGAUAUAUGUGCCGAUACCAUGGUAGGGGAUCAAAUGUUAAGGGGUAUCUCUGGUGGACAAAAGAAGCGUGUGACAACUGGUGAAAUGAUUGUCGGACCAUCAAAGGUUCUUCUUAUGGACGAGAUAUCAACAGGGUUGGACAGUUCUACAACUUUCCAGAUUGUUAAUUCACUUAAACAAAUUCUUCACAUUCUUGAGAGUACUGCCAUCAUUUCACUCCUUCAGCCUGCACCCGAGACAUAUAAUUUGUUUGAUGACAUCAUACUCUUGACUGAUGGCAAAAUUGUAUAUCAAGGCCCACGUGAACACGUCCUUGAGUUUUUUGAGUCAAUGGGAUUUAAAUGCCCUGCAAGGAAAGGCGUUGCUGAUUUCUUACAAGAAGUGACUUCAAAAAAAGAUCAGGAGCAAUACUGGAUGAGAAGAGACGCACCAUACAGAUUUGUGACAUCCAAAGAAUUUGCAGAUGCGUACCAAUCAUUCCAUGUUGGACGGAAAAUACAAAGUGAAAUUGCUGUUCCAUAUGACAAAAGUAAAAGCCACCCUGCUGCACUUACUACCGAAAAAUAUGGUUUAAAUAAGAAAGAGGUCUUGAAAGCUUGUAUCGAUAGAGAAUUAUUGCUCAUGAAAAGAAACUCAUUUGUCUAUCUGUUCAAAUCAUUCCAACUAUUUGUGAUGGCAUUUGUCUCUUUUACUGUGUUUUUCCGAACUGAGAUGGAAAGAAGCAUAGAAAAAGGAGGGCUGUAUGCGGGAGCUUUAUUUUUCGGUGUGGUUAUGAUCAUGUUUAACGGGCUGUCUGAGAUUCCAAUGACCAUUGCAAAGCUUCCUGUAUUCUACAAGCAACGGAACUUCCUUUUCUUUCCAGCGUGGGCUUAUGCUAUUCCCUCAUGGGUAACGAAGAUUCCCAUCUCGUUAAUUGAAGCUGGGGGUUGGACGUGUUUAACUUACUACAUCAUAGGAUUCGAUCCUAACGUCUUCAGAUUCUUGAAGCAGCUUUUGAUGCUUUUUCUUGUUAACCAGAUGUCUUCUGGAUUGUUUCGGUUCAUUGCAGCAUUGGGUAGGAACAUGAUUGUUGCAAACACGUUUGGUGCAUUUGCACUUCUCUUGAUAUUUGUAUUGGGUGGUUUCGUCCUUUCACGAGAUGAUAUUAAGAGUUGGUGGAUAUGGGGAUACUGGACAUCCCCCAUGAUGUAUGCAAUGAAUGGUAUAUACGUGAACGAGUUCCUUGGGCAUAGUUGGAGAAUGCAAGUGAACGGGACAACAUUAGGGAAGGCGAUUACCGUAUCCAGAGGGUUCUUUGCAGAUGCUUACUGGUAUUGGCUUGCAGUCGGGGCUAUGGUCGGAUUUAUCUUCAGCUUCAAUUUCAGUUUCGCUGUGGCCCUUGACUAUCUUGAUGCUUUUGAUAAAGCUCAAGCUAGUAUAUCAGCAGAGGACGAAGGUAAUGAGAGCAUUGAAAUGUCAUCUAUGAAUAAGGAAUCCGGAGAUGCAGGAGGUGAAAACAAGAAGAAAGGAAUGAUUCUUCCAUUCGAACCACAUUCAAUUACCUUUGAUGAUAUUAAAUACUCUGUUGAUAUGCCACAGGAAAUGAAAGAUCAAGGAAUGGGCGACGACCGACUGCUGUUGCUUAAGGGCGUUAGUGGAGCUUUCAGGCCCGGUGUUCUCACAGCUCUAAUGGGGGUGAGUGGUGCUGGAAAAACUACUCUGAUGGACGUGCUAGCAGGUCGGAAAACCGGUGGGUAUAUUGAUGGCGAGAUUAAAAUUUCCGGGUAUCCAAAGAAACAGGAAACAUUUUCUCGGAUUUCUGGAUAUUGCGAGCAAAACGAUAUCCAUUCUCCUUAUGUUACUCUCUACGAGUCAUUGCUUUACUCGGCUUGGCUCAGGUUGCCAUCGGAUGUUAAUGAGACCCAGAGAAAGUUGUUUGUUGAGGAGGUUAUGAACCUAGUUGAACUGAGCCCAUUAAGGGAUGCAUUAGUUGGAUUACCUGGUGUCAACGGUCUAUCAACAGAACAGCGUAAAAGGUUAACCAUAGCAGUUGAACUCGUUGCCAACCCAUCUAUAAUAUUUAUGGAUGAGCCAACCUCAGGGCUAGAUGCUAGAGCGGCUGCCAUUGUGAUGAGAGCUGUUAGAAACACAGUGGACACUGGAAGAACAGUUGUUUGCACAAUCCAUCAACCCAGCAUCGACAUUUUUGAAGCUUUUGAUGAGCUAUUUUUAAUGAAAAGAGGAGGAGAAGAACUGUAUGUUGGACCCAUAGGUCGCAAUUCUUGUGAACUAAUCGAAUACUUUGAGGCUAUCCAAGGUGUAAGUAAGAUUACAGACGGAUAUAACCCUGCAACCUGGAUGCUGGAAGUUAGUACUCCAGCACAAGAAAUGUCUACUGGAGUUGAUUUCACUGCCAUCUAUAAGAGUUCCGAACUUUUAAAGAGAAACAAAGCCUUAAUUGCUGAACUAAGUGUACCACGGCCUGGCUCACAAGAUUUGUUCUACCCAACUCAAUACUCGCAGCAGUUUCUUGUCCAAUGCAUAGCAUGUUUGUGGAAACAACGGUGUUCAUACUGGAGAAAUACGUCAUACACUGCUGUACGUUUUGUUUUCACCACCUUCAUCGGGAUCAUGUUCGGCACCAUGUUUUGGGAUCUUGGCAGUAAAAAGACAAGCACACUAGAUCUUUCAAAUGCGAUGGGUUCCAUGUAUGCAGCUGUUCUGUUCAUUGGAGUUCAAAACGCAUCAAUAGUGCAACCAGUCGUAGAUGUCGAACGAACAGUCUUUUAUAGAGAAAGAGCGGCUGGGAUGUAUUCUGCUUUGUCGUAUGCUUUUGCUCAAAUUCUGGUGGAGGUACCAUAUGUGCUGGUGCAAACAGGAGUAUACAGUGUGAUAGUGUAUGCCAUGAUUGGAUUUGAAUGGACUGUUUCUAAAUUCCUUUGGAAUAUCUUCUUCCAAUUUUGUUGUUUCCUAUACAUGACUUACUAUGGUAUGAUGACGGUCGCCAUGACCCCCAAUGUCAACAUCUCUAUGAUCAUUGCUGCUUCAUUUUACGGGAUGUUCAAUCUCUUUUCUGGAUUCAUCAUUCCACGACCCAGCAUUCCAGUCUGGUGGAAAUGGUACUACUGGGCAAAUCCAAUUGCAUGGACCAUUUACGGCAUGGUUGUUUCACAGUUCGGGGACUACAAUGACGUACUUGCAAACGGUGAAACUGUUAAGGAAUACCUGGACCGAUUUUAUGGUUUCAAACAUAGUUUUCUUGGCCCUAUUGCUGGUGUGCACGUUGGAUUGAUUUUCUUCUUUGCUACCAUAUUUGCUUUUGGAAUUCGCACCUUCAAUUUCCAGAAGAGAUAAUUGGUUUUUUUGUUUGUUUGUUUUGGUAGUUACAAACUUACAAACUAUAUCAAUCUGUGUAACUGCUUAUAUCAAUUAAAUGUGUAAUUUGUAUUCAAUAAAAAGCUUAAAUAUUUAUGUUCCCAA